AACGUUAGGCACAACACAAAUCAAGUGGUUCAUAAAAUAUCAAACGAUUUUUUUUUGCUGAUACAUUCAACUAUGAACUUUGAGCCGUAUUGGUUGUAGCCAUAGUCGUUGUUGGAUUUUUUUUUCAAGCACAUCACCUAGCCAUUUAAUUUUUUUUUCUUUUAACAUCAAUCUUUCUUUAUUUUGUUUCUGUGUUUAUUGUUUUUUUUUUACCUGUAGUAAAUUCAUUUUUUUUUUAGCUAAUUUUCACCUGAAAUAAAGAAUAUCAUGGAAAAAAAACCAUUGGCUAAUCUGGCAAAUGUUGUUGUACGUGGUGGUAAUGUUGAUGGUCCAAAAAAGAACGUCAAUUUGGCCACAACAAAAAAUGAUCCAAAAUUAUUGAAACGUGGCCGUGAUUCACCACCAAAUAUGAUGAUGGCACAGAAGAAAAAGAAAAAUUCUGCCACCAAAAUCAUUAACAAUGAUGAAAAUGCUGUCGUAUUCGAUCCAACCCGUACAAUUGAAACGAAAAUUAAGAAUAUAAAAAUAUCACAAAAAAUUGAUUAUUUACCAUUGAAGAAACCUGUAAAUAAUAAACAAGAAACGACAACAAUAUCAACAACAGUUACAAUAAAAGCUGUUAAAAAUCGUAAUGUUAACAUCAAACAAAAACAACAACCAUCAUCACCAAAAAAGAAUGAUAAUAAAAAAUGUAAAAAUCCUUAUAUCAAUUGGCAAGAUUAUUAUCAACCGCCAAAAAAUCUACCAGACGAUGUUAUUGAUCAUGAUCGUACACAAUUGGAAAAUAUCAAUUCUGAACCAAUUUAUGCAUUUAAAAUUUUUGAAUAUUUACGUGAAAAAGAACAAUCAACAAGAUGUCAAAAAUAUAUGCAACAUCAGAAAGAAAUUUCACCUAAAAUGCGUACAAUAUUGGUUGAUUGGCUGGUGGAAUUACAACAAACAUUCGAAUUGAAUCAUGAAACAUUGUAUCAUGCAAUCAAAAUUAUGGAUCAUUUUCUUAUGAACAAACCUAUUAAACGGAUUCGUCUACAAUUGCUUGGUAUUGUUUCAAUGUUUAUUGCCGCUAAAUGUGAUGAACGAAUCUAUCCAAUAAUCGAAGAUUUUGUAUACGUUAGCGAUAAUGCAUAUGUUCGUGAUGAUAUCAUAGAGAUGGAGAUUGAAAUAUUACAAGUAUUGGAGUUUAAUUUAAAUUAUCCAUUAUCAUAUAGUUUUCUUCGUCGUUAUGCACGUUGUUCAUCACAAACAUUGGAAACAUUAACAUUGAGUCGUUAUAUUCUUGAAUCAUCAUUAAUGGAUUAUUCAUUUGUUGAUGAAUUAGAUUCAAAAAUGGCUGCCGCAUCAUUAUUAUUGGCUAUGCGUAUGAAACAUUUACAAUGGAAUAAAACAUUGGAUUUUUAUACUGGUUACAAUGAAGAAGAUCUAAUCGAAUUGGCUGGUCGUUUAAAUAGAUUAAUAAAAACUAAAACCAAACAGGAAACCAUUCGAAAUAAAUAUUCCGAUAGUGUAUUUUUCGCUGUAGCCAACAUCAAACCAUUGGAUGAUAUUUAAUUGUUUUCGACUUUUGUGACAUCUUUUUAUUGAACAUUUUUUUAAAAAUUUUGACCAAACACACGAUGAGCGGCAGACCAUUAAUAUAAAUUAAUUUACCUAGAUUAUUAACUGAA